AUGGCGAUGGAGGCUAAUAAUAAGUCAUUCACAUGGAAGAUCUCGCCUCCGUCGAAGUCGGGAUUAGGAAUGCGCAAGUCUGAAACGUUUCUUGCCGGCGGCUGCCAAUGGGUCAUUGUGGCUUAUAUACGCGAAGAUCCCUUGGUUAGAGAUGAUUGGGUCAUCUCUUUAUUUCUGCGUUGCUGUUCCGACAUGGGACCAAAACUAUAUGAUGAUGGUGGUCGUCGGGACAGAUUUGCCAAAUACGUGUUCACUGUUUUCACCCCGGGAGGAGUUGCAAACAACUCCUUAAACCUAAUAGGAGAGGGCAAACGGCAUUUCACUGGACCAGCAACACCGGAUUCUGGUUAUGACACUGAUUAUGACGACCAGGAGCAAGACUCCUCGUGGGAUGCUGACACUCAUCAGGACGAAGAAACAUCAUCGGAUUCUGAUUACUACAACCAGGAAGGAGACUCCUUCUCGUUGUCGUCGGGUGCUGACACUGAUCAGGAAGAAGACGCAUUAGAUGAUGAUGAUGAUGAUGAUGAUGCUACUGCUGAUGAGUCUGAUCAUAUUGAGCCUGAUGACCAACCCAACGGAGCCUCGAUCGAGAAAUUGGCAAAUCAUGAGUGCCUCUCAGGACAGACACUUGCAGCAGCUCGGGAGGCAUAUGGACGGGUUCAGACUACCCAACUGUCAACUCACCAGGUUGGUUGCCUGUACCCCGACCCUCUGUCGUCCAAGUCAGGAUUGAGCUCAAGCAACCUGAUAGCAGAGCUAUCGACAAUGCUCACCCUGAAUACCAAAUCCCUUGCAUCAGGCAAUGGCUCUACCUUACUACUGCAACAGCAGAAAGAAACAUUGGCUAGAUACCUGAACAUGCCACUUGAAGCCAUCCACAAAACGGAUUCGUUUGACAAUGUCGAGCUGCUUGCUAAGCUGAUUGCUGAUCACCCGUCCGCUGAGGUUGAUAAGGAGAUUCUGAAGGGUUUAUUGUCAGAGCUAAAAGCGGGGAUCCCCAGCACCAUGUCCAUAAUCGAAUCUUCCCGUGUCACUGAAGCUUCCAUGGGGUGGAUGGAGGAGGAUCUGGAGGCGAGGCUGUUUCACAGGCACAGGCAACUUGGAUGCUUGAAGGUCGAAGUUUCGAGACUUGAGGAGGAAGAAAAGAAGCUGGAGGGUGAUAUUCAGCAGCUGAUUGCUCGUAAGGCCAGAGUUGGGGUUCAGAAGAAAUCAACGGCUGAUGAGUUGGAGAAAGCCAGCCUGGAGGCAACCAAGGAAAUGGAGGAAAUGAAGGAGACAAGUAGCAAAAGGAAGCGGGCUUGCGUGGACAAGCUGGCUGCCGAGGAUGAGCUGUGUCGGCUCAAAAGAAGUUGGAAAGCUUUGAAGCAGACGUUGAAGCUGUGA